GGGUGUGCGUUUUGCAGCCAUUAUGACAGGCCAAUUCGGGUCACUGGGUAAUUGUGUUCUGACAUGACCCUGUCUGAAACAAUGGCAGUGUCAUAGAUGAUUUAGCUUUCGCAAUUAUGGAAAACAAAUGAAUAUACCAGUGGUUAGAUGUAGUCUGUUAAAGCAUCCACUGUUACACAAAUUAGUCAUUUCUGAUUAUGGAAAUAAUAUGGGAAUAAAUGGAUGAUAUAGGUUUCUCCUUACUGGAAAUUACUAGGACUUAUUGGUAAAAAUUAGCUAAAAAGUUGUGGAUUUCAACUGAACAAAAUUAGACUCUUGGAGAGUUUAAAUGCAAAACUGAGGUUAUACACUUGCACAAUUGUGUAGAUUCAUCAUCAUCAUCAUUAUGCUGCACGGCCCCCAGUAUUUUAACCUGGUCAUGUGGCACGUGGUUGGUGAGGACAGAGGCAAUGUCCAGGUGCAUGACAAUAAUUACACUCUGGCUAAUUGUCUUUGACAAGUUGACAUUAAUGUGUAAGCCUUACGAUCAUGUGAUACAUAGAAAUCCUUGCCUUGUCUGUACAGUGAGGCGAGGGAUAAUCAGAUCACAGUUACUGUAACUCAGUUGGCUGUGGCCUUGAUGAUGAAUAAGCUCUUUGAACAAUAUCCACACGCAUUUAGGGAUAUUUUUUGUUUAUUUCACGGCGAACAGGACAACAGGGCGAGGAGGAUUAUAUCUGUGAUGGUAUUGCGGCUCUGGGAAUGAAUAGUGGAACUUGAACUCAAGGUCACUACGAAAAGGUGCUCUCAAUAAUGAGAGUGACAGUUUUCUGUUGAGAGGUAAAAAGUUCAAGUUUAAAAUUCAACCACCAGCAGCGUGAUGGGUCAGCGACUGAGCGAGGAGUGGGAGGACAAAGAGAUCGAUGUGGCCGAGCUGCAGGAGUGGUACAAGAAGUUUGUUGUGGAAUGCCCCAGCGGCACGCUCUUCAUGCACGAGUUCAAGAGCUUCUUUGGGGUGACAGAAAACCAGGCCGCUGCAGACUAUAUAGAAAACAUGUUCCGAGCCUUUGAUAAGAAUGGGGAUAACACCAUUGAUUUUCUGGAGUAUGUGGCAGCCUUGAACUUGGUGCUACGGGGCAAACUGGAGCACAAGUUAAAAUGGACGUUUAAGAUGUAUGACAAGGACGGCAGUGGCUGCAUCGACAGGGCAGAGAUGAAGGAGAUUGUGGAGGCCAUCUAUCGCAUGAAGAAAGCAUGUCAUGGGGAGCUGGAUGAGGAGUGCAACUUACUCACCCCAGACCAGGUUGUGGACCGGAUAUUUGAACUGGUGGAUGAGAACGGAGAUGGGGAGCUCUCGCUGGACGAGUUUGUGGACGGCGCCAGGCGAGACAAGUGGGUCAUGAAAAUGCUGCAAAUGGAUGUCAACCCAGGGGAGUGGUUCAGUGCUAGACGCGGCAGCACGGAAGUCUGAACCCAAAAUAAGAAUCCGACACUCACUGUGGACCCUGAAUGGACAUGGGAGUCCCAAGCGCACUCGAAUGGAAACGCAAGAGCGUCAUGAAUGUCCCAUAAUCCCUUCCACUAGUGCGGACCCUUGUCUUUAUCUUCAUCCAAUAUCUAACCUAAAGCCCAACCAUGGAGCCCUAUGAUAAAAGGACAACCUCGAUGACUCUUUCAUGAAUCAUAAUCCUUCAUAUAAUCCUGAACACUCAUAGGGAGACAGAUGAGCUCUUCUGGACACAUCUACCACUUUCAUAUUGUGUCUGUUGUUAUUAUUACGGCUUCUGUCGGUUGCAUGUUUUGUGAAUAUUUUCCCAGGCAACUGAAUUCUGUUUGGUGCCUCUCCCUUCUUUUAGGUUCAUUGCUUUACUUAUAGCAAUAAUGGAGUGAUACACUUUUCAACCUUGCAUAUAGUGCAUAUGCACUUACCCAAAUAGUUCCUUUCUCUAGUUAUCAUGAAAAAUAAGUAAAUAACAAGCAAAAACAUUUGUGUCUAUACAUGUAUUUGUGUAUGCCUUGUUUGUGUAAUAGAUUUGAUGUAUGUUUUUGAACUGUGAAGGG